CUUUGCUGGGCGCUGUCCCACGGCCUAGAAGCAGCUGCUCAGCUCGUUCUCGAACCUUCAGCUCGAGUCUUCAGCUCGCCGCCUUCACUCCAGACUUCGCCAUGUCCAUCAGAGUGACCCAGAAAUCCUACAAGAUGUCCAACUCCGGCCCCCGAGCCUUCAGCAGCCGCUCCUACACGAGUGGGCCCGGUUCCCGCAUCAGCUCUUCCAGCUUUUCCCGGGUGGGCAGCAGCAGCAGCUUCCGGGGAAGCCUGGGCACCAACGUGGGUCUGGGCGGCUUCGGCGGGGCCGGCGUAGGGGGCAUCACAGCAGUCACGGUGAACCAGAGCCUGCUGAGCCCCUUGAAGCUGGAGGUGGACCCCAACAUCCAGGCUGUGCGUACUCACGAGAAGGAGCAGAUUAAAUCCCUCAACAAUAAGUUCGCUUCGUUCAUUGACAAGGUGCGCUUCCUGGAGCAGCAGAACAAGAUGCUGGAGACCAAGUGGAGCCUGCUGCAGCAGCAGAAGACAGCAAGGAGCAACAUGGACAACAUGUUUGAGAGCUACAUCAACAACCUUCGCCGGCAGCUGGAAGCCCUGGGCCAGGAUAAGCUGAAGCUGGAGGCGGAGCUUGGCAACAUGCAGGGCCUGGUGGAGGACUUCAAGAAUAAGUACGAGGAUGAAAUCAACAAGCGCACAGAGAUGGAGAAUGAGUUUGUCCUCAUCAAGAAGGAUGUGGACGAGGCGUACAUGAACAAGGUGGAACUCGAGUCCCGCCUGGAAGGACUGACUGACGAGAUCAACUUCCUGAAGCAGAUCCAUGAAGAGGAGAUCCGCGAGCUGCAGUCCCAGAUCUCAGAUACGAGUGUGGUGCUCUCCAUGGACAACAGCCGUUCCCUGGACAUGGACAGCAUCAUCGCUGAAGUCCGUGCCCAGUACGAGGACGUUGCCAACCGCAGCCGUGCUGAGGCUGAGAGCAUGUACCAGAUCAAGUACGAGGAAUUGCAGACCCAGGCUGGGAAACACGAGGAUGACCUGCGUCGCUCGAAGACGGAGAUCUCUGAGAUGAACCGCAGCAUCAACCGCCUGCAGGCGGAAAUUGAAAAGCUCAAGGGCCAGAGGGCAAGCCUGGAGGCUGCCAUCGCUGAUGCUGAGCAGCGCGGGGAGAUGGCCAUUAAGGACGCCAAUGCCAAGCUGGCUGAGCUGGAGGCCGCCCUGCAACGGGCCAAGCAGGACAUGGCACGCCAGCUGCGCGAGUACCAGGAGCUCAUGAAUGUCAAGCUGGCACUGGACAUCGAGAUCGCCACCUACAGGAAGCUGCUGGAGGGCGAGGAGAGCAGGCUGGAGUCUGGCAUGCAGAACAUGAGCAUCCAUACGAAGACCACCAGUGGCUACUCAGGAGGACUGAGCUCAGCCUAUGGGGGACUCACCAGCCCGGGCUUCAGCUAUGGCGGUGUGAGCGCCUUCCAACCCAGCUUCAGCUCUGCCGGGGGCUCCAGCACCAUCACGCGCACCAAGGCUGUGGUUGUGAAGAAGAUCGAGACCCGAGAUGGGAAGCUCGUGUCCGAGUCGUCUGAUAUUCUGCCCAAGUGAAAGGCCCCCCGACACAUUGUUGCAGCCUCUGCUCCUGCACCUGCUCAGGGCUCCCUGGGGAGACAGCUGCAUGGCAGAGUGCAGGGAGCAAGAGACCCACCCAAGGAUCAGCCCUGAACCCUCUAGCCAACCUUGGGAGGACUCUCCCAUCUGGGGCACGUAUGGCCCCUGCCCUCCACCCAAACCCAAUUGUAUUUUCCAAAAUAAAGCCUCAGCUUUCUCUACCAA